CUGCGAAUUAGUGACGUCAAUACCUAGGUAGCUAGCAAAAGUCUCCGAAGCUCCCCCUUACAUAGUACAUCAAGUCCUACCAAACAAAAUAAAACUGUCCUCUCUGCCUCCGUGAACCAAUCCAAUAAAUUCCGAUCUAAAAUCCUCUUAGGUUGCGGUAAUUAACUUAAUUGGUCUUUAUAUUGUUAUAUUUUGUGCUAGUAUCCUUCAGUUUCUUUAAUAUGUCUGCCAGAUUACUCUCUCGAACCUUCAUACCUCGACAUGCCAUUGGUGCCGGUAUAGUCGGUCUGUCACUCGGAACGAGCAUAACAACCUUUAGGCAACCUAAACUCCGACUAGAUGCAAGAGAAACCCCACGGCCGAUGAGUACUCGCCCACCCGUCAAGGAGAAAUUGGAUCCUGAGCUCUUGAAACAGCUUUCAGGUGGGAGUGUCACAGGAUUCGUCUUUGGAGUGAUUAUUAGUAUUUUCUCACGGACACUCGUUUUACUUCUUGGUCUUUCCGUAGUGAUAGUUCAGGUGGCUGCGAGAUAUGGUAUUGAUCUGGUACAACAGCUGAAACUAAAGCAGCGUGUAGGGAAUUCGCGAAUAUUGGCCGCCUUGGAGACGAAUCCUGCCUUCAAGCUAUCAUUUGGAUUAUUCUUCGCAAUGUCUGCAUUCAUGCAAUUCUAGUCAACAUCCAUAGUAACGCAUGAAUUG